AUGCAUCGCUUUGGCGCUCACACCUCUAUCCCCAUGUUUACACAUACUGUAGAAUUGCAAAAGGCAAAGGAGAUCCUCGAGAACUGCACCCUGGUGUCGCACAGCACCAAGGGCUGCUACUCGUCGCGCAUUGCUCUGUGGAUACAUUUCUGCAAUAGCAAAUAUAGCGGCGACGACAUGGUCACCGAAGAGCGGCUGGCGUCGUACGUCGAGUGGAUGGUCAAUUCGGGCGCUGCCGAGCGCAUCCGCCAGGGCUCAACGCAUAUCCAGCAGGUGCUGCGCAACCAGCUGCAGGGCGUGCUGUGCUACUGGCGCAUCCAGACCGGCAACCGACCAGACCUGCCGGACCCGCGCACCGGCCGCGUGUUCUCGUCAAAGUGGAACGAGAUUGUGCAGCGGUUCCCGCGCGAGGGCCGGUCGCGACGCAGCGAGCCCAUCUACGGCGCCUACCGCAACGGCGCCGCCCCCCCAGAGAUGAACGGCAUGCCGAGAAACGGCUACAGCAGAGACAUGGCUGACGGGCGGCGCGGGUCGUCGUCCAUGCACCACGGCGGCGACAGCCCGUACCAGCCAUCACAGUCCUCGCAGUCGUCGUACCAGUACAAUGGCUCGCAGCAGUCAUACAGGCAGUCGCGGCCCCCUGCCAAUAGCUCGCGCGCCUACAACCAAGCGCUCCAGUAUGUUGAGAGAACGCAUGCCGGCGACCGGCACUACAAUGGCUAUGCCCCGAACCCGGUGCGCACGCGGACCGUGGACUAUGCCCACCAGGAAUCGUCGGCGCACCAGGAUACACGCACAACGCCACGUAUGAGCAUGACGCCUUCCGACAGCGUGGACUCGCCGGGCUCGGAUCCGCGCGACGGCGAUCUCCGCAUGAAAGGCAGCGCAUCGCCCCAAAACGACCCCAUGCUUCUGGAUAGCGCGAUCGCUGGCCAGGUUCCAACUCCCAUGACACCACCGGCCCCCCUGGAGGGCGAGGUCCCCGAGCAGCUCCCCGAGUGGAGCCAGGAGAACGCUGAGCCUGAGGGCCAUUUGCUGACGCUUGCUGAGGACAUCGUGCUACAUGCCCAGUUUGUUAAUGUCGACUCGUACCUGCAAGAUCAGGUGCGUGCGCACCACUCGCUUGGCCUGGCGGCGUGGUUGGGGUCCGACAUGCGGGCGACUCUGGCGCUGGGAGAUAUUGCGAUCGAGGAUGGGCCGGCCGCAUCCUCAGUCACUGGGGCCGAGGGCGCACCGGCUAAACCAGUGCUAUCGGCUGAGGGCCAGUCAGCCAGCGUUGCACAGCAGCCAAAAUCUAUCAGCAUCCACAUCCGCGACUCUAGCGUGCGGGACAGCAACAGUACCACCACUAAGCACAAGGUAAAGUGCGAGCUAUUAUGA